AUGAAGAAGGUCAAAAAGAAAAAGUCUGAUUCCAGGCGCCGCAGGGAGUCCAUUUCGCCGCAGGCUAGUUCGGACUCCUCCCAGCGGCAAAGCUCAGAAACCCCAUCAUGUCCAGAGCCUAUCUCGCCGCCGCAGCCACAGUCGUACCAGGAGUCCACCCCAUCACAGCAAGUUAACCCUCAGGUUAUACCGCAACAUCAUACAGCCCACGUUCUCCCAGUAGCGGAUCAUCGCGUCUCAACUCCAUGCCUGGUGCUACCUUUAAAGCCUGACCACAAAGCAUCCUCUCCAUGCAGGAAACCAGCAGUGCCUCUGACCUAUGUGGCUCCAGGCUCCUGCUCCUGUGCGGCCUGCCCCGGCAGCUCCACUUGCUGGCGACGUCUAGGGCUGUGCCACAGCCGAAUCUUCGAUGUUCUUCUGCCUCGGGACUGGCAAGGCGCGCCAGGGAGAGGAUUCCCAAACCUUCUCACCUUCUACAGAAAGCCUUCAAGGAAACACUGCACUCCCCGUAACUCACGUGCUUCAGGCUCUCGGAACUGUUGCUGUGGCUCUGGGGGCCCUGGGAGCUGCCUACUUCAUCGCUGA